AUGGCGGGGGAUAUUGUGGUGGGGAUACUCUAUAAUUUAGUACUACCUCUUCUUCUGCUUGCAGCGUCAUCCUUCCGGUACAAUGGUCUGUCUGUGGUGUAUUUCCUUUUCCUGCUCACCCUUCCCCUGCUGCCAAACCCCUCUCUCACCUCCAUGCAAGGAAAAACAGGGAAGUUCCUGCUGCUCAUCUGUUCUACCAGCGUGACGUUUCUGGUUCUCCAGUGUUUCAUGCAGAUCACUUUUGCCUACGUGCCUCAGUAUGAGAACGAAUAUUGGGAGAAUAUUCUCUACCAUCUGGGCAUUGUACGGUUCAGUUUGGUGGAUGCAGGGAACAUUGUGCGUCUCUUAGCCCCUGAUCUGGGGCUCUUCCUGUCAGCGCUCUUCAUACUGCGCCUGAUCAGGAAGCUGCUGCGCCCCACGCCCCAACUUAACCAGAACUGUAUCGCACCCUCUGAUCCUGAGUGCUCUUUUGACAAGCAGGAUGUGGAGAUGUCCGACUCAGAGUCUGAGGUUGGCAGUGAAGUCACAGACGGCUCGUCUUAUGACAGCUCAGAUGAAAGCAUAGCGGUGCCGGCAGCCCUUCCUCAGUUUGUCCAGAAGUUCAUGGCAUUUUCCCUUGGACUGCGCCUCUUGCUGUCCGCCAUCAUGAACACAGCAGGGAAAGUAGUGGUCACCAUACUACUAGGGCUGGCAGGCAUCGCUCUGCCCUCCCUGACCUCAGUGGUGUAUUUCGGGAUGUUCCUGGGCCUGGUGUGGUGGUGGGUUUUUCUCCACUCCCUCAGCUUGCUGCUCUUCGGUACCCUCUGUGUGAUGAUGGCUAUAUUCAGCGCCGGUCACCUGUUGAGCCUCUACCUGUACCAGCUGCCCCUGGCCCAACAGAUCGUACCCCCACAGGACAUCUAUGCCAGGCUGUUUGGUAUAACAGCGGUCAUCCAAACCAAUGAGACUGAGCCAUACAGUCUGGGUCUGCAGCCAGACAUCAGCUGGCCUGUCUUCACAAACCCCAUGGUGCUGCUGCUCCUUUAUUACACACUGGUGGCUCUGCUGCACAAGUGGGUCAACAUCACUGAGGAGGAGGAGGAUACUCUGGAGAAGUCUGAGAGUCCAGUAGAAUCCCUUGAGGAUUCCCCCAGCUUCUCCAAGCUACUGACCAGUACGGAUGAUGAAGCGUACAUGCCAGACGAGAAGCCAAUGGUUUUACUGAUGAGCAGAUCAUGGCAUGACCUGAGAGGACAGGAGAUGGGGUCACUGAUGGGAGCGCCAGCGGCAGGAUAUACAAACUGCUACCCUCCACCACAAUAUGAAGGAAUAGACUUGGCACCCUCACAAGAGUCAGAGGAGUUGAAAGAGAUGAGUGAGGAAGAGAAGGAGAGGAGUGAGGUGUCUAUGAGUGAUACAGAGACUGGUCCCACCCCUCCUGGCCCCAGUGGACUGGUUGUGUUCGGCUUGUUCAUCAUGAAGCACAGCUACGUCAGCGCACUCAUCAUCAUGAUGGUGUGGAGCAUCACCUAUAACAGCUGGCUGACGUUUGCCCUGCUGGUGUGGUCGUGUCUGAUCUGGAUAAUGCGUGACCGUCGGCGCUACGCCAUGAUGAGUGCUCCCGUCCUGGCAGUGUACGGCACCGUGCUGCUACUGCUUGCCUUCCUGAGCAGUCUGAGGCUGCGGAGGGACGAGCUUUACCCUGACCUAGCCCACGCUGUGCUGGUAGAUUUUGACAUGGCCAGUUACCCAGCACCCUGCGUCCACCUGGGAGCCAAGGUGUUCUACGCCUUUAGCUUCUUGCUUCUGUUCCGUCAACAACUGAAGGAGAAACAGGAAGAGCAGGAUCUGAAGGAGUCAGAAGAGUCUCUGGAUGAAGUCAAAGUGCUACCACCGGAUGAAGGUGAUACCUCCCUCGUAAUGGAGAUGCUAGGUUCAGCGGUCAAGGGAACCCUGGUGAAGUACUGGAUCCUGUUCUGCUGCUCCAUGUUCUUUGUGGUCAGCUUCUCCGGGAAGGUGAUGGUCUACAAGAUCCUCUACAUUGUGCUGUUCCUCUUCUGUGUCGUCCUCUAUCAGAUCCGUUAUGACGUGUGGAGGCGAGUGCUAAAGUACUUUUGGGCGGUGGUGGUGGGCUACUCCAUGGUCGUCCUGAUAGCCAUCUACAUGUACCAGUUUAAGACCGUGUCUGGCCUGUUCAGACAGAUCAUGGGCAUGUCUGAGGAAGGUCUCCGUGAUCUGGGGUUGGAGCAGUACGACACUGUGGAGCUGUUUGCUCGGAUCCUCCUCCCUGCAGCCUUCCUAUUGGCCUGCAUCCUGCAGCUGCACUAUUUCAACCAGGACUUCCUGGAGCUCACCAACCUGGACAACAUACCUGUCCGCCAGGGACAAACCAGGAUGGCGAAGGAGCAGAGAAAGCAGAUGAGUGAGGAGUCAGGACGUGUGGGGAGUCAGCACACGUUGGACAGUGAUGGACUGUCUGCCUCAUCAGAGAAGAAAUCUGAGGAGGACCGGGAGGGAACAGGCGCCCCAGAGGAGCGUCUGACCCAGUGGGGAUUGAUGGUGGACCGGGCUGGCCUGCUGCUGCUCCAGGCUCUGGCUGUCUUCCAGCGGGCUCAAGAGAUAAGUUGGAGGCUGCUGGAGCUCCACAGCCUCAAGAUCGUUUCUACCGGCAUUAUCUGGGUGUCCCUGCAAGAGGUGUCUCUGAUGAACUUCCUGUUUCUGGUACUGUGGGCCUUUGCCCUGCCCUUCCCCCGGCUCCGCCCCAUCGCCUCCAGUGUGUCCUCAGUCUGGGCCUGUGUCAUGGUGGUGUGUAAGAUGCUGUACCAGCUCAAGGUCAUCAAACCUCUGGAGUACUCCUCCAACUGUACCACUAGCCUGGUGUCAGUUAAUGGGACAGGGCUGGAGCUGGAGGGGAACAUGGCAGAGCUGCUGAGGAGGUCUGUGCUUUAUGUGAAGCCUGUUGACCCAGCCAUAUGGUGUGGAGAGCUGCGCAAGUGUGAAGACAGGAUCCUGCCCUGUCUCAGGAACCACCUGAUGGUGCUGGGGCUGCUGGUGUUUGAGGUGACGGUCCAUAGACACCAGCUCUACUAUCGCCUCCACAAUGACCUCAAGGUCCCCUCCUUCAGCAUCAUCUUCCAAGGCAUCACACGCCAGCACCUGGACCAAGGUAUCCUGCCCUGCAUCAAGUACUUCAUCAACUACUUCUUCUACAAGUUUGGCCUGGAGGUGUGCUUUGUGGUGGCGGUGAAUGUGAUUGGCCAACGGAUGGAUUUCUAUGCGCUGCUGCACUCCUGUGCUCUGAUGGCUGUUCUGUCACGACGACGCAGGAAGGCCAUAGGGGAGGUGUGGCCUAAGUACUGCUGCUUCACUGCAGGACUCAUGGUGCUGCAGUACCUGCUCUGUAUCGGCAUCCCUCCCGCUCUCUGUGUCGAUUAUCCAUGGAGGACCUCCAGUCAGGCCCUGACCUCCAACCUCAUCAAGUGGCUUUAUCUGCCUGACUUCGCCAUGCGUCCUGCCCCUUACUUCAUUUUCUACGACCACCUCCUGCUCAUGUGCUCAUCGCUGCAGUGGAAGGUGUUUGAGGAGGAGAACCGUGCCGUGGUGCGCCUUAUGGGCGGGGAGAACGUGGAGAUUAGCCGCAGCUUGGACCCACGCUCCUUCAACCAGUACAUCCCUGUCAACAACUUCCUCCACUGCAGGUCCUACCUGGACAUGGUCAAGGUGUUUGUGUUCAGCUACUUCUUCUGGCUGGUGCUGUGCCUCAUCUUCAUCACAGGCACCACCCGCAUUAACAUCUUCUGCCUGGGCUACCUGCUAGCCUGCUUCUACUUCAUGCUGUUCGGGGGCAGCCUGCUCAUGCAGCCUGUACGAUACAUCCUCAGGCUCUGGGACUGGCUCAUCGGUUACACCUGUUUUGUCAUCGGCAUGAAGAACCUGCUAUCUCUUGGCUCAUGUGCUUAUCUGGACAGCCUGUUGAAGAAUGGUUGCUGGCUAAUUCAGGCCUUCAGCAUGGUCUGUACAAUCAAAGGCUAUGAUCUCCCUGCUCCUGAUGAUGAGUGUGAGCUGCCGGAGGGGGAGGCGGGCAUCGUGUGGGAUGCGAUCUGCUUCACUGUGCUCCUGGCUCAGAGGAGGGUUUUCCUCAGCUACUACUUCCUGUAUAUGGUGUCUGACCUCAAGGCCUCCAAGAUUCUGGCCUCCAGGGGUGCUGAGCUCUUUGAAGCCAAAGUGAAGAAACUGGUUGCUGCAAGACUGGAGAUGGAGAAGAAGUCUGUGGAGACGCUGAAGAAGCAGAUGGAGAAGAUCAAAUCCAAACAGAAGAGUAAGCCUGGCCAAGGAGACGUAACAGCGCCCCCUACUGAUAUAGUGCCAAAGGUUGAAAACAACUGUGGCUACCAUCUAUUUGAGAGUGACAGUGAAGAGGAAGAGGAGGAAGUCCAGGAAAAGAAAGAGGAAGAGACACUAACAAAGAAGAAAUCUGCUUUUCAGUUAGCCUAUGAGGCAUGGGUCACAAGCUCCAAAGCAGCCCUAAAUUUGCACAGAAAAGAAGAGUCGAAGAUGAAAAAAGAGGAGAAGAGGAGGGCAAAGAGACAGCUGCAGAGACAGCAAGGCAUUGAGAGGGACGAGUCUAGUGAGGAUGAGUUGGAAGAGGAAAAUGAAGUGGAGGAGAAAGAAAAUAUAUUUCAGAGGAUUAUCGACUCGCUCAAGUUUUUAUGGGUGUUUAUCCUGUCCCUUCUGGAUGACCUCACUGAGGGCCUGAACUCCUUCUGCAAAGAUGGUCUGGACAUCUCCAAAGUGCUACGUUUUGAAAGGGCUCUUCUUGGCCAGCAACAGAAGAAGGGGAAAGAGGUGUCACAGGAGAGCGUGAAGCGCUUCUAUGAGAACUGGAUGUCCAGACAGAACACCCUGGCCUCCCUGGAAGACCAGGAAGACAUAGUUCCCCCUGUCUCCUCCCCUCCACCUGUGCCGUCAUCAGCACGAGGUUACUCCAUGUUGAAACACACCCACUCCAAAAUCUCCUGGGGUAGCAGCUUGUCCAGCUGCAUGACGGAUGAGACCCUGCUUGGGUCUCGUCAGCCCACUCUGGAUGAGCUUGAUGACCCUCCUAUACUCCAGGCCGCUGCCGACCAACUCAGACGGAAACUACUGAAAACUACCAACCUGGACCUUGACUCAUUUGACACUGAAGACCCUCCACUAAGCCAUGAUGAUACUGUUCCCAAUAAGGAGGACAGUAAAGAAGGAGAGGAUGCAUAUGAAGAAGAGGAGGGGGAAUAUAAAGUGGAGGAGGAAUAUAGAAUGGAGAAGGAGGAAUGGAGGGAGGACGAAGAGGAGGAGAGGGAAAAAGCUGUGAUGAUUUCAGGAUCCAUCUCCCUGGACUAUCUGGAGUUUGAUGAGAACAGCGAAGAUUUUCCAGACUCCUCCAGGCCUCUUAGUGAGACCAGGAAUCUCACGGCCAGCGAGCUACUGCUCAACAAUAUGUUUGGGAACGAUGAAAUUGAAGCGUCUGAUCAGUUCUUCCAGUCUCUUCCGAGACACCUGAGACUGGUGUUUGCCCUGUACAACACCAUGGUGUCUAAGUCAGAGAUGCUGUGCUACUUUGUGAUCAUCCUGAAUCACAUGGUGUCUGCCUCGCUGCUCAGUCUGAUCCUGCCCAUCCUUAUCUUCCUCUGGGCCAUGCUGUCUGUGCCACGCCCAACCAAGCGCUUCUGGAUGGCAGCCAUCAUCUACACAGAGCUGAUUGUGGUGGUCAAGUAUUUUUUCCAGUUUGGCUUUUUCCCCUGGACCACCUCGGCCUACCGAGGCAUCAAUGCGGACCGGCCCUUUGCUCUGCCCAACAUCAUUGGGGUGGAGAAGAAAGAUGGCUACGUUCUCUUUGACUUGAUACAGCUCCUGGCUCUGUUCUUCCAUCGCUCCAUUCUAAAGUGUCACGGUCUUUGGGAUAACAAAGAGGUUGAGAUGCCGGACUUCUUCAAGAAGUUAAAGAAGAAGACUGAGAAGAAGAAGAUGAGUGGAGGAGACAAAGCAGGGGAUCAGCCGAAGCGAAGACUGCCCUUCCUUCCUCUACAGGCCUCAACUGCAUCCUUGUUUCGCAGACGGGGAAAAGCCAACUCCACUAAGACAAACGAUGAUAUGCAGCUCAAAAAGCGCCACUCGAAGAAGAGGCACCACAAUAAAGUUCCCCUGACCAGGAAGGAAAGGAUCAAGAAGCUGAUCAGAGAAAGGAUGCUAGAGGCUAAAGCUGCUAUCAUAGAAGUUGCCCUACACAUAUACCUACCUAUCAGGCAGUUCUUCUAUGACAUCAUUCACCCAGAGUACAGCCCAGUGUGUGAUGUCUACGCUCUCAUGUUUCUGAUUGACGUGGUCAACUUCGUUGUCAUAAUAUUUGGAUACUGGGCUUUUGGGAAACACAGUGCUGCUGCUGACAUCACAGAUGCUCUUGGGGAGGACCAGGUCCCAUCGGCCUUCCUGGUCAUGCUGCUCAUCCAGUUUGGGACCAUGAUAGUGGACCGUGCUCUCUAUCUCCGCAAAACCCUUGUGGGAAAAUGUGUCUUCCAAGUGGUGCUGGUGUUUGGUAUCCACUUCUGGAUGUUUUUCAUACUCCCUGGGGUGACUGAGAGGAGGUUCAACAUGAACCAGGUGGCACAGUUGUGGUACUUUGUGAAGUGCAUCUACUUUGGCCUCUCAGCCUACCAGAUCAAGUGUGGCUACCCAAAUCGUGUGCUGGGAAACUUCCUAACCAAGAACUAUAACUACCUCAACCUAUUCCUCUUUCAAGGGUUCCGCCUGGUUCCGUUCCUCAUAGAGCUGCGUGCCGUGAUGGACUGGGUCUGGACUGACACCACCCUCAGCCUGGGCAGCUGGAUCUGUGUCGAGGACAUUUAUGCCAACAUUUUCAUACUCAAGUGCUGGAGGGAGUCGGAGAAGAAAUACCCACACACCCCAGGGCAGAAGAAGAAAAUGGUGGUGAAGUAUGGAAUGGGCGGCUUCAUCAUAUUCUUCCUCAUCAGCGUAAUUUGGUUCCCCCUCCUCUUCAUGUCAUUGGUCAAGUCAGUGGCUGGGGUGACCAAUCAGCCUCUAGAUGUCUCAAUUCAGCUCAGCAUAGCAGGAUAUGAGCCACUUUUCACAAUGAGUGCCCAGGAGCAGAACCUGAUGCCAUACUCAGAGGCAGGCCUCAACCGGCUCACCAACCUCUAUGCCACUCACCCGUCAGCCAUGCAGUUCCUUGUGAACUACAUGGCCGAGGACAUUGUCAUUGCAAAGAUCAAGAGUGAUGCCAGUCUACUGUGGAGCAUCAGCCCUGCCAGCCGUGAUGCUAUGAUCCAUGAACUCAGCAACUCCACCCACAUCUACAUCACCCUGCGAUGGGUCCUACUCAGGAAUGCGUCUCUGUCGAUGAACGUGGAGACCGUGGGGGAACACACUGUCAAGUAUGAGGACAGGGCCUUGAGGGACCAGAUAGUUCAGAUGCUCAUAGGGACACGCAGUGACUCUGUGGUCAUUGAGUCUCUCCUGCCCAAGUUCAUCAGAGGUCCCGGAGGACUGGAGUCCAAGAUGGCCACCCGUCUGGAAGUAGAACACUCAGAUAGGCCUGAGGACCUGCAGAUGUUGGCCUUCUACCGGCCCCUGUCCAUCAAACUACAGCGGGCAGAAGACAGUGGAAGUGCAGAGGGGGGUCAGUGGUGGAUGGUGGAGGAAUGCACUCCUGGACAAGGGCACAUCCAGAGCAGCUGUCACAGCAUUGAGAUAGUGGUGUUCAACGACAAAGUCAGCCCCUCCAGCCUGGGUGCUCUAGCAGGACAGGGAAUCGUUGGCCUGUACAUGUCUGUGGUGCUGGUCGUUGGAAAGUUUGUCAGGGAAUUCUUCAACGGGAUAUCCCGCUCCAUCAUGUUUGAGGAGCUGCCGUGUGUGGAUCGGGUGUUGAAGCUCUGCACGGACAUCUUUGUUGUGCGAGAGACUGGUGAGAUGGAGCUGGAGGAAACACUGUUUGAGAAGCUCAUCUUCCUGUAUCGCUCGCCAGAGACCAUGAUCAAGAUGACCAGAGAGAAGAGAGACUAGAGAGCACUGACAUUUUAGUUACGAAAAGGAUGAUUUGUUUGUUUGUAUUCCUACUGUACAAUGCAUGCAUUUUGAAUCACUGACUACUUUUAAGUGAUUCAAAUCUUUACAAAGGAAGACCAUAGGCCAUAAUCAUAGAAAUGUGCUCCAAGUGUGAAACUAUUUAAUUGAAGUUGAGAUGCAACAUUGAGUUUUAGAUUCAAAUGGCUUGUAAAGAGUUUACAGAUGCACGUCUGCUCUACAGAAUAUAUUUCUCUCAACAUUCUGCAACUUUACACAUCCCACUGAACACAACCCUGUUUCAUUGCACUGAAAAACUAAUCUAGAAGUAUUCACUCUCAUUUCAGACUGUACUCGACAUCUAUGUACAGUAUUUAAUUAAAUGAAUAAAAAUCAGAGAUUAUAUCCUA